GGAGAUGAUUGAGUAAACAAUAAACAUGUUUUGAGUUUUAUUAAUAAAGGGAAUGUUGUGUAGACCAAAACACGCAUAGACCAAACUUUCAUGUGAACAUGGUUGGGUUAAGAAAAGACAACAUAUAGAUUAAACUCAAGUAGGUUCCCUUGGGAUUUAGAUGUGGAGAUGAUGGAUGAUGACAGGGGCGAAGCUACCCAGUGGAAAGAGGGUGCACGUGCACACCCAAUUUUUUGAAAAUUUAAUGUUAACUGUUAUGAAUUUAUGAUUGUGCACCCUUAAAAAAUCUGUACCAAACCAUAAUGAAAAUAAAAAGAAAAAACAACUAAACCCAUUAAAGAUUAAAUUAACUCCAAAGCCCAAUUAUAUUCUCUACACUUUUUUUUUGUUAAACCCUAACUAUUCUUAGUUAUGUCUACGGCUGAUACAAAAUUUUAAUCUUCCAAGCUUCUUCUUAAACGUGAAACGUGCAAGUACAAAUCAUCAAAUCUAAUUGAGAGAGUUUUUUUUCUCUUGUCUACCAUACAAAACUGGUAAUUAAUUAAAUAUUAUUUAUGUUUAUGCAAUUAUGCUUUGAAUUGUUCAAUUGUUCCAACAAUGUCAAUGUCUAUGAUUAGUAAUUAUUUAAAUAUCAUCUGAAUUUUUGUUUCAGUCGUACAAGUCCAAGGUCAAAGAUAGAGGCUGUACUCUUGAUUAGAAUUGAUCGUUUACAGGUUUUACUUACUUAUAAUUUUUAUGAAUAAUAUUUUUGCUAGACCGUAUGUUUUUAUUUAUGUUAUGUUUUUGGUUUUGUAGAUUAAUCAAUGGAACGGUACUACAAACCAGCAUCAGUUUCACCAUCUGAUAACACCUUACCAUCUAAUGAUACUGAUGAUUUGCCGUGGGAUCCUGCUAAAAGAAAAAAUAUCAAGGAUUAUAAUGCAAAUCAAGUCGAUGAGGUAAGACGCAAGUACCUUCUUAGAGGCCCGUGUCAACCACUUGGUCAUAACUUUGAAAAGAGACUCAUAGGUGGUAAAAUGAGACGAUUCAAUCCAGCUUGGUUUGGUCUGUAUGGUAAUUGGCUAGAGUAUAGUGUAUCAGAGGAAAAAGCUUAUUGUUUGUGUUGCUACUUGUUUAGAGAUGAUGCGUAUCCUGGAUUUGUGAGGGAUGGAUUCUCGAAUUGGCAUAAGCCUGAUAGGUUAUCUUUCCAUGUAGGAGAGCUUAACAGUUCUCACAAUAAUGCUGUCAAGAAGUGUGAUGAUUUGAUGAAUCAAGGUCAAUCCAUAGUGCAUGCUAUGUAUAAGAAGACUAAUGCGAUGAAAAAUGAGUAUCGUAUCAGAUUAAAUGCUUCUGUUGAUGUUUCUAGAUACUUAUUGCGACAAGGAUUAGCUUUUCGAGGUCAUAGAGAAGGAGAAGAUUCUUCUAACAAAGGCAACUUUUUAGAACUUCUGAAAUACACAGCUGAUCACAAUGAUAUUAUAAGAAAAGUUGUUUUGGAGAAUGCUCCGGGAAAUAACAAGAUGGUUUCUUCAGAGAUUCAAAAGGACAUUGUAAACGCUUUUGCAGAAGAAGUGGUGAAAUCUGUUAUAGAAGAAAUUGAUAACGGAGUGUUUGGUCUAUUAGUAGAUGAAUCUGCUGAUGUGUCUGACAAAGAACAGAUGGCUGUUGUUUUUCGAUUUGUUGAUAAGAAAGGAGCAGUCAAAGAAAGGUUCGUUGGAGUUGUCCAUGUGAAAGAGACUUCUUCUUUAUCUUUGAAGCAUGCUAUUGAUGAGUUGUUUGCUAAGUAUGGACUGAGCUUAAAAAAAGUGAGAGGACAAGGUUAUGACGGAGCUAGUAAUAUGAAAGGAGAGUUCAAUGGGUUGCGAUCAUUGAUUACUAAAGAAAACAGCUCUGCAUAUUAUGUUCAUUGCUUUGCUCAUCAACUUCAGUUGGUUGUAGUGGCUGUUGCGAAAAAGAUAUUUGAGAUUGCUGAUUUCUUUGAUAUGGUUUCUAUGUUACUGAAUGUGGUUGGAGCUUCUUGCAAACGGAAAGAUAAAGUCCGGGAAAAUUAUCGAGACGAGAUAAAUGUUGGAAUUGCUAGUGGUGACAUUAACACUGGGAAAGGACAGAAUCAAGAAAUUUCUUUUCAAAGGCCUGGAACUACAAGGUGGGGUUCUCAUUAUAAAACGUUGUUGCGUUUGGUUGGGUUGUUUCUACUAUUAUUAAAGUUCUUGAGUAUAUCGAAGAGGAAGGCGCCGAUGAUUCUAAGAGAUGCCAGGCAUAUGGUCUUCUCAAGUAUGCUCAGACAUUUGAUUGUGUGUUCUAUAUGCAUCUGAUGUUACUUAUUUUGGGAAUAUGUGAGAAUCUAUCAAUGGCUUUGCAAAGCAAAAAUCAAGACAUUUUGAAU